CAAUUAUAUGACACAUAUACAAAAACAGACCCAAAACAUUGUGUGUACUCUCACAUCACAUAUACACACACUAAGGUCAUUCUCGUCUUUUCACAUAUCCACGCAUGCCACUAUACCCCGCACCCCGCAAAACCCGACCUUUUUCUUUAACUCCCUUUUCUCUCUCUCCCAAUAGUAUAUUUAUCUAUAUACAGUACAUAACAUUUUCUCACAUCCAUCAAGCCAAAGAAAAGACUCCAUUUUUAUUUUUCCGGUCUUCAGAGAGAGAGAAAGGGUCAAAAAUCAAGAAUGGUAGUGGACGAAUUCAUGGUGUGUGUGGACAAAAUCAUAGCAUCUGCAGCAUGUUUUCAAGAAUCAUCGACAACAUCAUCUUCUACUAAUGGCGUUGGGGGAGAAGAAGCUAUUGUUGCUGUUGGUGUUGUCCGAGGAAAUGGUGAUACAAGUGGUAAUAAAGAUGGGAUUUUUCGUAGUGAGGGUGAAGGGCCUUCGUUUUCUUUUGUGAAGGAAAAAGGUUUGAGCUUGAGGGAGUGCAGAAUUUGUCAGGAGGAAGAUGAGGAGAAGGACAUGGAGGCCCCUUGUUCUUGUAAUGGCACUCUCAAGUUUGCUCAUAGGAAGUGUAUUCAGAGAUGGUGCAACAAAAAAGGCGAUAUCACCUGUGAAAUCUGCAAUCAGGUUUUCUCACCAAAUUAUAGCAGUCCACCACCUAGAAGCAAUGCUGAUGUUAUGGCUAUUGAUAUUAGACAAGCAUGGGGUCCACAUAUUGAUCUUCGGGACCCUCGAUUCUUGGCUUUUGCGGCGGCCGAACGACAGUUUUUGCAAUCGGAAUAUGAUGACUAUGCCUUUGCAAAUAGUGGGACUCUUACCUGUUUCCGUACAGUGGCACUCAUAUUGAUGCUUCUCUUGCUGAUACGUCAAACUCUAAUGCUGACGAGAGACUUUGGAAUGUUGCGUGAAUCAUCGGUUUUCUUCAAUUAUCAGAUUACCAUUCUUCAGCUGGCUGGUUUUCUUCUUCCAUGCUAUGUGGUGGCUCGUUCAUUUUACGUCAUACAAUGCCGAAGAAGGAGGCAGCCUGGUGAGACUCAGAAGCAAGUGUAA